AUGACAAAAUUCACAAUUCAUGGUCACGUCUGUGGUCUGUAUUAUGCCUUGCCAGCUCCCAAUCCCUGGCAUACUCCUCUUCGAGAGUACUUGCCCCAGCUUUCCCUUUCGACUUACACCAAGAUCGUAUCCUAUACCAGUCGGACAACCCUUACGCAAAUCUUCGCAAAUCCCAAAGACCAGGCGAUCCCUGAGCUCCGAUACACAUUCCCGCUGUAUGAGGGGGUCUCGGUUAUUGGCUUUGUUUGCACCAUCAACGAUGACCGGGUCAUUCGUGGUGUUGUGAAAGAGCGCUCCGAGGCCAACGCCGUUUAUACCGCUGCUGUCAAACGCGGCGAAACAGCAGGUCUUCUGGAACAGCUGCCAUCUGCCAGCGAUGUCUUCACGACUACCAUUGGAAAUGUCCCGGCCAAGGCUACGAUCAAGGUCGUGAUCACUUAUCUCGGAGAGCUCAAACAUGACGGCGAGGUGGACGGCAUCCGGUUCACCAUUCCAACUGCCAUCGCCCCUCGCUACGGAAGCUACCCCGGCCAAGUCCUUAACGCUCAUUUCUUCAAUGACAAAGCCGGCAUCAGCAUUGUUGUUGAUGUUGAAAUGCCAAAUGGUUCCAACAUCAAGAACAUCCAGUCCCCGUCUCAUCCCAUCUCAGUCACAGUGGGAAACACUUCGGUUGGAGUAGCCUCUGGCUCCGAAAUGUCCUUGCAGAAGGCUUCAGCGACCCUUUCGCUCGCAAAGUCCGAACUGGGCGAUGACUUUGUGCUCCAGAUCGUGGCUACCAACUCUGGGUACCCCGUAGCUGUCCUUGAGACUCACCCAACAAUCCCCAAUCACCAAGCCCUAAUGGCAACUAUUGUCCCAAAGUUUUCCCUGCCUCCUGAGAAGCCUGAGAUCGUGUUUGUCUGCGACCGUUCGGGUUCCAUGGCGACCAUGAUUCCGGCACUACAAUCUGCUGUCCAUAUCUUUCUCAAGUCACUCCCUGUCGGGGUGAAGUUCAACAUCUGCUCUUUUGGCUCUCACUACGAGUUCCUAUUCGAAAAAGGAUCACGCACCUAUGAUGCCUCCACUGUGGCCGAAGCAGUCCGUUAUGUGGACAGCUUCCAAGCGAACUUUGGCGGUACCGAGAUGUAUCAGCCAUUGGAGCAGACGUUCAAGAAACGUCUCCCUGGAAUCAAUCUCGAGGUGUUCUUGUUAACAGAUGGUGAAAUCUGGAAGCAGUCGGAACUUAUCGACAUGAUUAACCGGUACGUGUCGGAGAGCAACGGCGCUGUUCGCGUCUUCACCCUUGGAAUAGGGUCCACGGUUAGCCAUGCCCUUGUCGAGGGUGUUGCUGCUGCUGGUAACGGCUUCUCACAAACCGUUGGAGACAACGAAAACAUGAACAGCAAAGUCGUUCGGAUGUUGAAAGCUUCCUUGACCCCUCAUGUAAAUGACUACACCAUGGAGCUCAAGUAUCACACGGAAAGUCAAAGCGAAGUGGAUAUAGAUAGCGAUUUCGAGGUUAUCGAGAAGGUCAUGGACGCUCUCGCUAUCGAGGUUGAGGACCCAUCCCAAAAGCAACAGAAGCAGGCAGCGCCCAAAAAUCCGAUUUCUCUCUUCGACCCGUCAGCCGACCCUGAUGUUGAGAGAACCGACGCGUCCCUUGAUCAGUCAGCGGGCGGCAAGUUCUCCCAUAUUCCUGCGGUUUCAGAGCCGAAGAUUCUCCAGGCCCCGUUCAGGAUCCCUCCUCUGUUCCCUUACAGCCGCACCAGCAUUUACCUCUUGAUUUCUCCUGGCGCGAUCGAUAGGCGACUGAAGUCUAUUAUCCUCCGGGGCACUUGCUCGCACGGACCACUGGAACUAGAGGUUCCCGUCACCGUCCUUGAAGAUAAAGGUGAGACGAUCCAUCAACUGGCGGCUCGAAAGGCUGUCAAGGAACUUGAGAAUGGAUGCGGUUGGCUCUACCAUGCCAAAGACUUUAAGGAUGGCGGCAAGUUGCUGAAGGAGAAAUACCCAGCCCAUUUCGACGAUAUGGUGGAACGCGAAGCCGUGCGGCUUGGUGUCACGUACCAAGUUGGCGGCAAAUGGUGUAGCUUCGUCGCUGUCGAGACUAAUGGUGUGGCUUAUGUUACUCCAGAGGGAGGGUCUACAUCCCACACGCUCCCUAGCCACAUGCUCGGCAGAAAUUAUAGUUUUAGCGGCACUGGAGGUUCCAUAUACCACCUUUCCAUGCCGGUUCAUGACAAGUCCGAUUCGGACGAGGAAGCAGCCGAGGUAGAAACGUGGGGGCCAUCGUGGAUGCCAGCGUCGCCACCGCCCCCUCCUGCGCCCGCUCCCAUGUCAGGGCCCUUUAGUAAGACCGUUCGCACGGCCAAUGCCAAUAUGAACCUUCUAUCUCGUGAUGGAGGAUCUUUGUUUUCACAUCCCCCUCCACCUUCGUCCCCAUCGGUUCCCUUGGUGACCAGCAAUGCUGUGUUUUCACAACAAAGUCAACUCAUGGCUGGCCAUGGAAUGACGGCUCCUACUGGUCCGAGAGGCUUUCCUGUGCUCUCUUCUCGGAGAGCACUCAAGGCUACACAGAGGAGGGCAAUGCCCAGCAUUCCAAGCGGACUGGCUCUGAGCCGUUGCACACCUCCUGAAAGAGAGGUGAACACUCCAACAUCAAGAGUUAGCAGCGAUGUGCUGUUUACCUUGGUGAAGAAACAGGAUUUUUCUGGCUUCUGGUGCUGGAGCGAUGAAGUGCUCGGAAUUUUGAGGUUGGACAGCCGGCAGAAGAAGGAUGCGACUGCGAAGCUUGGCGGGAAGACCUCUUCGGCUGCUACGGCUCUGGUUUUGGCCUUUCUGCGGGUGAAACUCGCUGACCGGCAGGACGAGUGGGAGAUGGUUGAUGAAAAAGCACGCUCUUGGCUUGAAAGUCAGCCAGAGGUUAUCAGCCUGGGAGGACUGGAGGUUUUCUUGGAGAAAGCAAAGGAGAUCAUGCUUCAUCUUUAA